AGUGAGCUCAGGCCAUCUGCCGCCCGCCUGUGGAAGGAGCGCUCGCCAGCCUCACCCGGCCCGGGAAGGUCCAUCUCUGCCUCCGCUGGGGCUGCCCUCAUUCUGGCUCCAGUAAGUGCUGCUUCUUCCUUCUGGGUUUUUUUCCACUGCCCUAUUCAGUAACCAGGCCACUCCUGUCCCUGUGGGAAACUCUUACUGCCAGGAACUCCCAGCUGUCUGCUCUCCUGGACAAAAAAGUUCCUUCUUCCUGAGCCCUCCUCUCACCAUCCAAGAUGUGGUCAAAGGUCUGUGCUGAGUGGAAACCCCGAGGCCUCUGCUCCUAGGGGAGCCUCCCCAGCAGGGACCGAAUGCACCCUGGCUGCUCCUGAACACCUGUCUGCUGGCUCCCCUGGGCCCCAUGGAGACCUGGCAGAAAGGCUCCUUCCGCAAAGCCUCCUUCUUCAAGCGGCUGAGCCUGGGGCGGCCGCGGCGGCUCCGGCGACAGGGCAGUGUGCUUAGCCAGGCCAGCACAGCGGGUGGGGACCACGAGGAGUACAGCAACCGAGAAGUCAUCCGGGAGCUACAAGGCAGGCCAGAUGGCCGGCGCCUGCCACUGUGGGGGGACGAGCAGCCCCGGGCCACCCUGCUGGCCCCACCCAAGCCCCCACGCCUCUACCGAGAGAGCUCAAGCUGCCCCAACAUCCUGGAGCCCCCACCUGCCUACACAGCAGCCUACUCUGCCACCCUGCCAUCGGCGCUCUCUCUGUCGAGUGCCCUCCACCAGCACUCAGAGAAGGGCCUUGUGGACACUCCCUGCUUCCAGAGGACACCUACCCCAGACCUCAGUGAUCCCUUCCUCUCCUUCAAAGUGGACCUGGGGAUUUCACUUCUUGAGGAAGUUCUGCAGAUGCUAACGGAGCAGUUUCCUAGUGAGCCCAGCUUCUAAAUGGGGUGAGGGUGGGCAAAGCCGGGGUGACUGGAAGAGCCAGAGGCUGGGGAUUAAGGACAGGGACAGGACUCCAGGCCCAUCGUUGGAGGGUGCAGGCAGGCAGAGCUCCUCCAUCCUGGGGGAGGAUUCCAGGAUAGGAAUCCAGGGCUCUGCCUGCUCUCUGGGUCCUGAACAGUCCUCCCAGGCACCCCAGAGUGGAGGGACAGAGGCAAGCUGGAA